AGUGAGUGAAGUGCGCGGGUGAUGUGACUUCUGCGAUGCGCCCCUUCCCCGUCAUACGACGACUAUGGCGGCGAGAAACCAGCGGCGCAGGGUCUCCGUGUCAACCUCGGGGACCGAGUCCAUUCUGGUGUCGCGGAGCAUACGUAAAGCCGAGAGAUGCGGCCGAGUGCGCUCCUACAGCGAGGAGUCCGAGCGGGAGCGGGAGAGGGAGAGAGAGGGGGCGGGCCGGCGCGCUCCGUCGCUCAAGCUCGCCAACGGUCGGCUCGCGGCUCAGUCCGUGGAAGAGAUCCGAAGCCCGCGGCUCGCGCACGAUGACAGCAUCAAAAUCAGCAUCGAGAACACCAACACGUGCACAGACUCGCUGGUGACAGCGCUGGAUGACGAGACAUUGCUGCUGACAGAACCCGACAUGUUCGCGACCAAGGUGCACUUCGGAGGUGACGACCUGUCGUUGUACGGCACCCCCAAGGAGGAACCGGGACCCGCGCCCAUGGGGAACCCGGGGAUGCCCGACUCGGGGAAACAGAGCUUCAUCAAGAACCAACUGCAAGCUCUGUUCCAACCCACCGACAACAAGCUGGCGAUGAAACUGUUUGGAAGCAAGAAGGCGUUGAUGAAGGAGAGGAUUAGGCAGAAGGCGGCGGGUCACUGGGUGAUACAUCCGUGCAGUAGUUUCAGAUUCUACUGGGACCUGUGCAUGUUGCUACUCCUUGUGGCCAAUCUUAUCAUCUUGCCAGUCGCCAUCUCCUUCUUCAACGACGACCUCAGCACAAGAUGGAUCGCCUUUAAUUGCCUCUCGGACACAAUCUUCUUGAUCGACAUUGUAGUCAACUUUAGGACAGGGAUCAUGCAGCAAGACAACGCAGAACAAGUGAUCCUUGAUCCUAAGUUGAUCGCCAAGAACUAUCUAAAGACCUGGUUCUUCUUGGAUCUGAUCAGUUCGAUCCCGCUGGACUACAUCUUCCUCAUAUUCAACCAGGUCAGUGACUUCAGCGAAAGUUUCCAAAUCCUCCACGCUGGAAGAGCUCUAAGGAUUCUCCGGCUCGCCAAACUGCUCUCAUUGGUCAGGUUGCUCCGUCUCAGUCGACUCGUGAGAUACGUCAGCCAAUGGGAGGAGGUUUAUAUCUUGCAGAAUCUACAAAAAAAACGCACGGAACGAAGGGGUCGCUACAGCUCGGACAGUCAGAAAGGCGAGGCUAAGUUCAGCAAAAGCAAUCUGAUAUUUAAGUUCCUCAACAUGGCGAGCGUGUUCAUGAGGAUAUUCAACCUAAUCUGUAUGAUGCUCCUGAUCGGCCAUUGGUCUGGGUGCCUACAGUUCCUUGUCCCAAUGCUGCAAGGAUUCCCUUCCAACUCCUGGGUGGCCAUCAACGAACUGCAGGAGGCCUUCUGGUUAGAGCAGUAUUCGUGGGCUUUAUUCAAAGCCAUGUCACACAUGUUGUGCAUCGGUUACGGCAGGUUUCCGCCUCAGUCACUCACCGACAUGUGGCUUACUAUGCUCAGCAUGAUCAGUGGUGCCACCUGUUAUGCGCUGUUCCUCGGACACGCUACCAACCUCAUCCAGUCUCUUGACUCCAGCAGACGACAGUACCGGGAAAGGGUAAAACAAGUUGAAGAGUACAUGGCUUAUAGAAAGCUGCCGAGAGAAAUGAGACAAAGAAUAACAGAGUACUUCGAACAUCGGUACCAGGGAAAGUUCUUCGACGAAGAGGCAAUCCUGGGAGAGCUCUCGGAAAAACUGAGAGAGGAUGUCAUAAACUACAACUGCCGGUCGCUGGUUGCGUCAGUGCCAUUCUUUGCCAAUGCUGAUGGCAACUUUGUGUCAGAUGUGGUGACAAAACUGAAAUAUGAAGUCUUCCAGCCUGGUGAUAUUAUAAUAAAGGAAGGCACAAUCGGUACAAAAAUGUACUUUAUCCAAGAGGGCAUCGUCGACAUAGUCAUGGCGAACGGAGAAGUCGCCACGAGUCUCAGCGAUGGCUCCUACUUCGGAGAGAUCUGCCUUCUCACCAACGCGAGGAGAGUUGCGUCCGUGCGAGCGGAAACUUACUGCAACUUGUUCUCGCUGUCAGUUGAACACUUCAACGCGGUGUUGGACCAGUAUCCUCUCAUGAGGAGAACGAUGGAGUCCGUGGCGGCUGAAAGACUGAACAAAAUUGGGAAGAAUCCCAACCUGGUGUCGCACCACGAAGAAGAAGAAGAAGAGGAAAUGGGGAGUGAAAGUAAAACAAUAAACGCGGUUGUGAACGCGCUUUCCGAGCAGGCGGAACACGCGAACACUUCGGUGGAAUCAGUGGGGAAUCGUUCACUGAUCAGUGAGUUGGGACGUAGCUUACACAUUCUGACGGCCAGUUUACCUCGGCCUAAGUCGGAAAACAACUUUGCAAAUGUUCAAGAUCUUCAGAUGAAUCAGCGGCCCAGUUUCCACAAGUCGGACACAAACACGUUCCAAUGACGACGAUGCUCGCUGGAAUAGUCGAGCCUGACCUUGUUAUUUUAUCCACUUGGACGGACGUUCACCAUCACAUUCGUAGCAGAUUUUGUAUUUUGAAUGUUGCGCUUCAUAAAGUCUCGUGACUUAAUUUGGACCUGAGUUUUUCAAAAUGAAAAUAAUUUAUAGUAAAUGAGAAAUUAGGUAUCUAUUGAAAAUUACAAAAAUAUGUAGUUACCUACGAUAUACUAUAUUUUUUUCAAAAAAGAUAAUAUAGAUGGAUUAGUUAGACCUAACUUUGAUAAUAAACAGAAGACGUAAUACUUCCAUCUAUUGACAUCGGAUAAUUGUUGAGACACAGUUUUUAAUGUUUGUACAGUAGGUACAACAGAUAGUCAAACUUAUUUUCAAUACAAUUUUGUUCUAAUUUAGAAAUGUAAACCAAAUCAGUUGUUCUGAUUUUUACAUCUUUGAAAAAA